UACUCACUUUUUACUCUCUCACACUUAUUCCAACAUGGCGUCGACUUUCAAGCAAGAUAUGCCGCCGAAAGGCGGCUAUCCUCCCUUAGAUUACAAGCGAGCUCUUCCCAAAAGAGGCAUUUCAGGUUAUCUGAUGUUUGCUGCAUGUGGAGCCAGCAUGUUAAUUGGAACAGCAAUCUUUAGCAGAGGCAACCAAAGAAGAAGGAGGCAGGCCAGGGAACAGCAAGAGUGCUUUUAUGGAAUUACUCCUCUCUUGAAAGCAGAGGAUGACAGAAGAGUGUUAAAACUUCUCAAGACCAACCAUGAGCAAGAGGCAAUCAUCAUGAAGGACGUGCCCGACUGGAAGGCCGGAGAGAGCAUCUACGACACCAAACGAUGGAUCGACCCCAUGGUCCUUGACCUUUACUACCUCCAUCCCAGGAAGGUCAGGGACAAAGAAAUGUUUGGCUUCAGCACCUACGUAUGAGGUUGUUGUUGCUAUAGUUACAUGGGUCAUUUUAAUAAUGUCUUGCAGUGGAAUGCGUCAGGUUUAUCAAAAAGAGAAUUUAGAGAUUUUAAAAGCUGGAAUGAUUUUGAUUUACUUGAGGUGGGGUGGUACUACACUGGUUUUUGGACAAAACGUGAACUAUUAUCUCAAUGGAAUCUACUUUGUAACAUACAGGAUAGAAUGAACAGCACUGUUCUGGCUGCAUUUCCAAGCCUGUGAACAAGACUUAGACAAAACGAUAAACCAUUAACAAUUCAAGUUUGGGAAAUGACUGGUCAACUUACUUUCUUGGCCACAGGUCAAAGAGUGUAUCCAGUUUGUAAUCACUGUGUAAUACGAGUGUUGUACCCUCCCCGUAAAGUUAGGAUUUUGAAAUGUUUUAUGCAGGUAAAGCAUUUUAUUUAUCUACCACCUUCCAUGCCCAAUUUUUCUCAUGGAAAGGGUACAAAGGAUUUUGUUGUUCUUUUAUUUGUUUAAAACCUUACAAAGGAGUUUCUAUAAAAAAAUAUAUAUAAUCGGGAGAAUGUUCAGGGUGCCCAAUUUCAUAAAGCUGUUAAGCAGAAAAUUUCUAAGCAAAAAUUAAGUAGGGCACCAGUCGCUGUAGUGCAAAUUUAACCUUAAUAAUUUUGGUUGGUCACCUGUUUCUGCUAUUAAGCAAUAAUGUUUUGUGCUUAGCAAGUUUUUGUGCUUACAGGCUUUAUGAAACCGGGCCCAUGUAGGUCAUUGUCUGCCGUGCAUGCUUUCUGUAUGGUUGGCUGUGGGUGAAGAGACAACGAAAGAUACAGGUAUGGCGUAUUUUUAUGGAUCGACCAUGGCCUGUGAUUUCAUGGAGCUGCUUAAGCAGGCAAAGUGCUUAGAUAUAUUCUGCUGUGUUUGCUUAGCCUGCUUGGGCAGGCAAAGUGCUUAGAUAUUUUCUGCUGUGUUUGCUUAGCCUAAGCAAAAAUAAGCAUAAGCAGGGAACAAGUCUUAAGCACUCCAUUCUAACAUAUUUUGGCUUGUAACUUUUGUUCUGGUAAGCAUAGUUGUUUUGUGUUGUACUAAUGUUUUGCGCUUAAUCAACUCUAUGGUUUACACUCAGGCUUUUGUGAACUUGCUAAGCUGACAAUUUGCUGAACAAUUUGAUAUGCAAUAAUCCUAGUAGUUCUUUAGAAUUGUUCAAUUUCAUAUCAACAGUUUAGUUGGUGGGUAAAAAAAAAUGCUAGAUUUCAUUUUGUUUGAUUGGUUCAUUCAUUAAAAUUUUGUUGCUGUUUUUUUUAGUAAUUGACAAGAAAAUUUCCCAGACAGUAUUGUAAAUAAACAUAUCAGUUGAAAACAAUUUAA